UAGAGCAGAGGUACAGUGUGUGUUUGACAGGCCAUAAAUCAGGCUUUUUCAGUUCAAGCCAAAUCAGUUUUGAACCAGAAGUUAUUCUAUAUACCUCAAUACCUGAAAAUAUCUUGUCACCAGCCAGAAGAACCUAGAAGAGUAGAGGAAAGUUUCUUCCUCCCCUACAAAGGCAUUCUCACAGGUGAGCUGGGGGGCAAACUUGGAGUCUGGCGUCCACUGGACCCACCAAGAGGCAGACUCUGGAGAGGGCAGAGACCAUCCUCCGCUCCCAAGGUGCAGGGCACCUCCAGACCAGACGUCUGAAAAGAUUUCAGUGCCCAGACAAAUCCAUGAGCAGCACAGAGGCCGCGGAGCUGGAGAACACGACAGCCCUCGGAGCGCAGGGCUGCAGCAACCCUGGCUACCAGAAUGAAGAAGACUUUCGUGAAAACCAGAACACAUCAGGAAACGACAGCUCACUGAGGAGCAGAGCUGUGCAGAACAGAGGGCACGGAAAGGCCAAACAGGAUGAAGAGCAGGUCACCAUUGAGCUGGAUUCUCCAAGAAACAAAGAAGAUGCAAAGGAUGACCAAGAGACACAUCCAAAAGGGUAUCUGGAAAGGAAGUAUGGUAUGAUUCGGGAUUUUUAUCAAAAACACAAAACCACCUUUCGGUACAUCUUCUGGGGCAUCUUAUUAGCAGGUUACCUGGCUGUGGUGAUCGCCGCGUGUGCCCUCAACUUUCACCGAGCCCUUCCUCUCUUCGUGAUCACUGUGGCUGCCAUCUUCUUUGUGGUCUGGGAUCACUUUAUGGCCAAAUAUGAGCAUCGAAUCGAAGAGCUCCUGUCUCCUGGCAGAAGGUUUCUGGACAGCCAUUGGUUCUGGCUGAAGUGGGUGAUUUGGAGCUCUCUGAUCCUGGGAGUUAUUUUCUGGCUGAUCUUUGACACCGCCAAACUGGGCCAACGGCAGCUGGUGUCCUUUGGUGGGCUCAUAAUGUACGUUAUCCUGAUGUUUCUAUUUUCCAAGCACCCAACCAAAGUUCGCUGGAGGCCUGUCUUUUGGGGAAUUGGGUUACAGUUUCUUCUUGGGCUCAUAAUACUAAGGACUGGCCCUGGACUUAUGGCUUUUCAGUGGUUGGGCAAACAAGUUCAGACCUUCCUGGAGUACACUGACGCUGGUGCUUCCUUUGUCUUUGGUGAGAAAUACACAGACCACUUCUUUGCAUUUAAGGUCCUGCCAAUCGUGGUUUUCUUCAGCGCCGUCAUGUCCAUGCUCUACUACCUAGGACUGAUGCAGUGGAUCAUUAGAAAGGUUGGAUGGCUCAUGCUGGUUACUGUGGGAUCAUCUCCUAUUGAAUCUGUGGUUGCUGCUGGCAAUAUAUUCAUCGGGCAAACGGAGUCUCCACUGCUGGUCCGGCCAUAUUUACCACACGUCACCAGGUCCGAACUGCAUGCAAUCAUGACCGCUGGGUUCUCUACCAUCGCUGGAAGUGUCUUAGGCGCAUACAUUUCUUUUGGGAUUUCACCCACCCACUUAUUAACUGCUUCAGUUAUGUCAGCGCCUGCGUCAUUGGCUAUGGCUAAACUCCUUUGGCCUGAGACAGAAACACCUAAAAUAACCCUGAAGAAUGCCAUGGAAAUGGAAAUGGGUGAUUCAAGGAAUCUCCUAGAAGCAGCAUCACAGGGAGCAUCCGCAUCCAUCUCCCUGGUGGCAAACAUCGCUGUGAAUCUGAUUGCCUUCCUGGCCCUGUUGUCUUUUGCGAAUGCAGCCCUGUCCUGGUUUGGAAACAUGUUUGACUACCCACAGCUGAGUUUCGAGAUAAUAUGCUCCUACAUCUUCAUGCCCUUUUCCUUCAUGAUGGGAGUGGACUGGCAAGACAGCUUUAUGGUUGGCAAACUCAUAGGUUAUAAGACCUUCUUCAAUGAAUUUGUGGCUUAUGAGCACCUCUCAAAAUUGGUGCAUUUAAGGAAAGAGGCUGGACCCAAAUUUGUGGAUGGUGUCCAGCAAUAUAUAUCAAUUCGUUCUGAGACAAUCGCCACUUACGCUCUCUGUGGCUUUGCCAAUUUCGGUUCCCUAGGAAUAGUGAUCGGUGGACUAACAUCCAUGGCUCCUUCGAGGAAGCGUGACAUCGCCUCAGGGGCAGUGAGAGCUCUGAUUGCGGGGACCGUCGCCUGCUUCAUGACCGCCUGCAUCGCAGGCAUCCUCUCCAGCACUCCUGUAGACAUCACCUGCCAUCACAUUUUAGAGAACGCCUUCGCCUCCAGCUUAUCUCAAAACACAACCGAUAUGGUGUCCUGUUGCCAGAGCCUACUGAGCAGCACUGUUGCCGUGGGUCCCGGGGAGGUUAUCCCAGGAGGAAACCACAGCCUGUCUUCUUUGAAGAACUGCUGUGAAUUGUUGAAGCCAUCAACACUGAACUGCACUCGGAUCCCUGAUGAACUCUGAGCUCAGCCACUUCUCCAACAGAACUCUAAGUACAGAUGCUGAACUUUCUGCUUUGGGGAGAAAAGAAAAAGCUAUUCUCCACAGAUUGGUACUUCCAUCAUGGAGUCAGCUUUACCUGGAAAGAAGAAAAACAGGAGUGCACCCUUCAGAUCUAGAGCAUCUUCCUCCCCUCCUCAGCCCCUUCCCCGCUGAGAACUACUAUAGUGUCCCAAAGUGAGAUGUUGUCUCCAGUCCCCAAAAUGUCUUCUGACCUUAGAAUUUCAGGACAUUUAACCAGCAUUCAGGUAUAAAUGAUGGCUCACAACAAAUGGGCUGUGACUCAGCCAUACUCAGUGUGAGUCUGUAAGUAAUCCAGAGUGACCCACUUUAAAAUCAUCUCAUGCGAGGUCUCUGCUUUCACCCUGGCUGAGCUGAAACAGCCUAAACAUGAAUCUCAGGUGGAGGAGGACCAGUCACAUAGCACCCGCUCAUCAUCUGCCCUGAGGAAGUCCCACAGAAAUCAGGAGUCCUUCAGGAGAGCGCCUAGACCAGUCCAAAGCUAGGUUUUAAAUACCAUGUAUCUUAGAGUUAUUCAAGUCAGCUUAUGCUGAACUGUGCUGCAGUAACAAAUAACUCAAAAACCUUAGUGGCUUACAAGUUUAUUUUUCAAUCAUAUUUUGUGUUUAACGAGGGCCAAUUUUGGCCAUACUCCAUGUUGUGUUCAUUUCCAGGACCCAGGCUAAAGGAGCAGACCCUAUGUGGGGCACGUUGGUCUUACAGGAGAGGAAAAAGAAAGAUGAGGACCACGUGACAGCUCUUAAAACUUCUGCUAGGAAGUGACACCCUUCACUUCCACCACCUUCCAUUUUCCAAGGAUAGUCAUGUGACAAGCAUGAGUCAGUGGCCAUAGAAGAUAUAUCCUGUCGUAGGGAGGGAUAGCGAAUAUUUUGAAGAAAUAAUAUGAUGUACCACAUGGGUACAUAAUAUCCAUGUCUGCCUUCAAGGAGUCAACCUGUUAUAGAGCAUAACUGUAAGCCUAUUCAUGUGCAAAUUUGAUUACGUUCCUGGUUACAAGACUGGAAAAUGGUGCUACUCUUUAGUCAAAAAACCAUGUAAGGACCACUUGAAGAACAAAAUUAAGUCCUGAUUGAGAUCUGAAAACCUUCCAUUGAUACUUCCAUUGACCAGGAGAGCAUCAGCAUCAAACUUGCUUGAUGGAUGUCAAACAAGAACCUUCCACAGACAAUGGUGGGGUGCUCUUUACUGAAAUGCUCAUCAUCAUUGCCGUUAACAGCAUAAAGACCACAUUUUCUGAGAAAACACACACACAAUGACUGGAUUAAAGGGGGAUGCACACAAAAGAAAGAAUGUGAAAAAUGUUUUGGAAUACCUGAAUUAAUUUAUAUGUUUUCCU